CCACCACCACCUCUUAUAUUUAAGGGUCGAGAUAGUUUAGUACAAGAGGGCACAGAUAAUCUCCUUUCUGACUCUCCUCGUCCUAUUGUUAUUAUGGGAUUUGGUGGUAUGGGGAAAACAUCAUUAGCAUUGAAAUUGCUGGAUGAUGUAGCUGUAAAAAAUAAAUAUGGAGCAUGCAGAUACUUCAUUCCUUGUGAUGAAGUUUGCAGCAUUGAGCCUACUAUUGGGAUAUUAAUACAAACUGUAAUGAGAUUGAUGGGGUUGCAAACUACCAGUGAUCCUAUAAAACAGCUAUAUGCUAUAUCAAAGCCAAUGAUCCUACUUUUUGAUAGUUUUGAGACUAUUUGGGAUAAAAGUAAUAAUCAAAGUGUUCAAAGAGUUUUAGAGCAGUUGAAUACUAUAACACAUAUUACUCUGAUGAUUACUAUGAGAGGAAAUAUUCCUCCUAUAGACAAUAUUGACUGGCUGAUAUUACCACAUAAUGGUCUAUCAUCAUUAGCUGAAUCUUCAUCAUUAGAAGUAUUUACUGCUAUUUCAGGAUAUAGUGAUAGUAUAAAAACAGUCAUAAAACUAGUUGAAAAGCUAGAAGGAUGGCCAUUAGCUCUUAUGUUAAUGGCCUAUCAAGCUAAAAUUCUUCAUCCAGAAGUGCUUUUAGAGAGCUGGGAUAAGGAAAAAAUCUCAUUAUUAGAAAAACCAGGGGCUCAAUCACAUCGCUUAACAAGUGUUAAUAUUUCAAUCAAACUCACCCUUCAAUCACCAUUGUUUUCAAAACCAAAUAUUUUCAAGGUGUUAAGUAUGAUAUGCUAUCUUCCUGAUGGUAUUCCUUCAUGGAGAAAGAUAUUAAGCAAAAUGCUACCAGAUCUUUCAGAAAGAAUUGGAAUCAUAUCUAAUUUAUUACAAUCUAAAAUUAUAUAUGAAGAUAGCAAAGGAGGAUUGAAAAUAUUACAACCAAUUCAGGAAUAUCUGAAAGUGUAUUUUCAGAAGCCAGAUAUAUAUAUAAAACAGCAGUUUUGCAUUUUUUAUCUUAAUGAGAGUAAACAAUUUGAAUUUUCAAUUUCACAAGAAAAUGCAAAAUUUGGUUUAUCUCAUUUAAACAAUUUUGAAUGGAUAUUCAAUGAGAUUUUGAUUAAUUGUAAUUCUGAGAAAGAAUUGAUAAUGAUUUAUAAUUUUUGUUACUUUCAAUAUAUAAAUAUGAAAUCAAACAUACUAUUAAAAAAAGUUAUAACUAUAGCAAAAAAUCAGAAUAUGCAAUAUUUGUAUGCUUUAGCAGCAUUAUUGUUAGGCAAAAGAUUACAUAUGUUUAGUCAACAACGAGCAGCAUUAGAGAAAGUAAAUGAGGCAAUGCAAAUCUUUGAGACAAUUGAUAACUCUCUUGGAGUAGCACAGUGUUUACAAAGCAUGGGAGGUAUUUUAAAAAUGAUAAAUCAAUAUACAGAAUCAAAAAUCAAGCUAGAGAAAGCAAUACAAAUAUUUGAGACUAUUGGCAAAUCUCUAGGAGUAGCACAGUGUUUACAAAGUUUGGGAAAUAUUUUACAGAUGAUAGACCAAUAUUCAGAAGCAAUAAUCAAGCUGGAGAAAGCAAUGCAAAUGUUUGAAACUAUUGGAGACUCUCUUGGGGAAGCACAAUGUUUACAAAGCUUGGGAAAUAUUUUGCAAAUAACAAAUCAAUAUUCUGAAGCAAAAAUUAAGCUAAAGAAAGCAAUGCAAAUGUUUGAAACAAUUGGAGACUGUCUUGGAGUAGCACAAUGUUUACAAAGCUUGGGAAAUAUUUUGUGGAUGACAGAUCAAUAUUCAGAAGCAAUAAUCAAGCUAGAGAAAGCAAUGCAAAUGUUUGAGACUAUUAGAGACUCUCUUGGCAUAGCACAAUGUUUACAAAGCUUGGGAGAUAUUCUGCAGAUGAUAUGUCAAUAUUCAGAAGCAACAAUUAAGCUGACAAAAGCAAUGCAAAUGUUUGAGACCAUUGAAGACACUCUUGGAGCAGCACAGUGUUUAAAAAACUUGGGAAAUAUUUUGCAGAUGACAGAUCAAUAUUCAGAAUCAAAAAUCAAGCUAGAGAAAGCAAUGCAAAUGUUUGAGACCAUUGGCAACUCUCUGGGAGUAGCACAAUGUUUAAAAAGCUUAGGAAGUAUUAUGCGAAUAACAUAUCAAUAUUCAGAAGCAAAAAUUAAGCUGGAGAAAGCAAUGUAGAUGUUUGAAACUAUUGGUGAUUUUCUUGGAGUAGCACAAUGUUUACAAAGCUUAGGAAGUAUUUUGUGGA